GUCCUGCCGCAGGCGGAGGCGCGUGGCGGCCGCAUUGUCUCCGCGCCAUAGCAACCCGGGCGCGGCGGGGACAGGCGCGCCGCCCAGCGUCGCUCCCGGGGCAGACGGCCCUGGCGGGAGCCGGGCGGCCUCGCGCGGGCCCGGGGCGCGGGCGGCGGCAUGCCGAGGAGGCGGCUCACCGCGGAGCCACCAGAUAUUACAGAAGAAGAAUUUGAAGAUUUUUUGGCAACAGAUGGCUUCCUUGUGGACUACUUUAAUGAAUUCCUAAGCCUACCAACAUUUUCAGAGGCAAUAAGAUUUAAUGUGGAUUUUGGAGUUUUUGAAGUGAUUAACAAUGCUCCACAACUUCUGGAAAAGCAACUGAAAAAAAUCCUACAAAAUCAGCAACCUCGAAAUCCCAUCUAUGAUGUUGUAAGGAAAGGAAAGAAUGAUGUUAAACCUUUUCACAUGACUGUCCCCUGUGAAGAUGAGACCAUUAAUAUCAACUAUAAUAUUAUGUGUCUCAAUCGUGAACAAGGUAUUAAGUGGAUCAAAAAACAAAGACUUCCAGCAUUUCUAGAAAGUGAUUGCUACUUUGAAUACAGGUUAGCCAAAUUAAUCUCACAAGUAAGAUGGAGCCAAUCAGGCAUGACUUUCAUACUUGGUACAGAUAGUACUCCCUGGAUCCUGAAAAAACUGCCCAGUCCACCACCUCCUAGUGAUGAAGAAGACGAUCUCCUGAUUCUGAAAAAGUUCUACAUUUCUCUUGGCGAGGCUUCUUACACUCAAACAGAAGAUUGGUUUACACUUGCAAAACAAAGUCAGGAAACAGUAUGCACCUUUUCAUUACCCUGUUGUAUAACCCACAGCAAAACUGAACUUCCAGCUAUUUCAUCUGUUACUGAGAGUUCUAUCUUUGAUGAUGGAGUUCACCCCAGGACAAAAAAAGGCGUAUCUAAAAUCACUGCAUUUGAAGAAGAGGAGGAGGAAGGAUCUGCAUCUCUAAAAGAUACUCCCUCUCAUGCUCUUCUGAGAAUAUACCUUGAGAAGCAACACGAUGUAGCUAAUGAAAGGGUGACUUUGCACUUCUCAACGUGUGAAGAAUUUUUAAACUUGUUUGUAUAUUCUGUUUUAAGAGUAGCCAUUCAGCAAAUUACUGGGGAGCCAAUCAGAGAAAGCCCAGACUAUGUAGACUUCAACAAAGUAGAUCAAGUGUCAUUUGCUGAUUUUGUUGAGCCUUGCCUUGGCAAGAAUUUUUUAGCUGAACCAGUUCAAACUGUAAAGGAAAAGAAGUCAGAAGAGAUAUUAGAAAAAGCAAGUUUAAGUUCAAAGAGUGAGAGCAUUGGACCUGAGAGCAGAGCUGACUGGUGUGUGUCUCACAGAACCUAUGACAUUGGCAAUAGAAGGGAGUUUGAAAGAUUUAAGAAAUUUAUGAAGGGCACAUUAGGGGAGAAGUAUUUGUGGCUGUGGAUGGAUAUUGAAAGGUUGAAAGUUCUUAAAGACCCUGGAAGACAUCAAAGACAUCUUGAGAAGAUGAAAAAAUGCUAUCUAGUGAGCAGUGGAGACUGCUACCUUUCUGCAGAAAUCUUAUCAAAAUUUAAACUGUUAGAUGGAUCUCAGUGGACUGAAGAACAUUUAAAAAAUAUUCAGUCUGAGGUUGUAAAACCUUUACUUCUGUAUUGGGCACCAAGAUUCUGUGUUACUCAUUCACCCUCAACAAAACAUGCUACUGCUGAACUGAAAUUCUGGCACCUCCGUCAAGAGAAACCAAGAAAAGAUAUUGAUCCUUUUCCACAAAUGGCAACUCUCUUGCCAUUAAGACCUAAAUCUUGCAUUCCACAUAUAUCUGAGGUCCAGAAAGAGGACUUGAGUUUAUUACAACCUCCUAAACCUGCCAAAAAAUUACCUAGAGUAAAAACAGCAACUCAGAAACCUUGGAAGAAUGAAUCUUUGUAUCACGUUUCCUCCAAGGAUGAUGGAAUUGAGAAAGGGUCAAUGCACAUAUCAGAAAGCAGGAAAGUUAUUCGUUUAACAUCUUUUACUGACAUUUCUGAAUGUCUGAAGCCCCAGCUGGACAGAAGAUAUGCUUAUACGGAAGAACCUAAGAUUAAAACCAUAGCAGAUAUUGAUGCCUUAGGAGGAUAUGACAUGGAAAAUUUGUUGCAAUCUUUGUACGUAGAAAAUAGAGCCGGAUUUUUCUUUACUAAAUUCUGCGAGGAUUCAGGAAACAAGUUGUGGAAGAACUGUGUGUACUUUUGGUUUGACCUACAAGCUUAUCAUCAGCUUUUCUACCAAGAAACACUUCAGCCUUUUAAAGUAUGCAAGCAAGCACAAUAUCUUUUUGCCACAUACAUUGCUCCAUCAGCUACUCUUGACAUUGGACUCCAGCAGGAAAAGAAGAGAGAAAUUUACAUGAAAAUACAACCACCAUUUGAAGACCUCUUUGACACAGCAGAAGAGUAUAUCCUCCUCCUCCUUUUGGAACCCUGGACCAAGAUGAUGAGAUCAGACCAAGCUACUUACAGAGAGGUAGAACUGGCGGAAGAAACUCGACAACUAGACUCUUCAUACUUCCGAAAACUACAGGCUUUGCAUAAAGAGACCCUUUUCAAGAAAGAUGAGGGCACCACUGGUGAAAUUGGAACUGGUGUUUUAUCACUCUCUGAUGUCGGUAAAGAAACACAAUAUUGGAAUAAUGUUCCUAAAGAAUACAAGCAUUUUAGUUUUAAUGAUCUGCUGAACAACAAACUGGAGUUUGAACAUUUUCGUCAGUUUCUUGAGGCUCAUUCUUCAAGCAUGGACCUUAUGUGCUGGAUGGACAUUGAGCAUUUCCGAAGAAUAACGUACAGCGAUCAAAAUCAAAGGGAGGCAAAAUCUAUAUACAUUAAAAACAAAUACCUUAAUAAAAAGUAUUUCUUUGGACCCAACAGUCCAGCUUCUCCAUAUCAGCAAAACCAGAUAAUGCAUUUAAGUGGUGGCUGGGGGAAGAUUCUCCAUGAGCAGCUUGAUGCGCCUGUUCUAAUUGAAAUUCAGAAGCAUGUCCUAAACAGGAUAGAAAAUGUGUGGUUGCCAUUGUUCCUUUCAAGUGAGCAGUUUGCAGCCCGUCAAAAGAUAAAGGUACAGAUGAAAGACAUAGCAGACGAGCUUUUACUACAGAGGCGUGAAAGGAAAAUUGGGAUCUGGAAGCCUGUGGAAAGUAAAUGGAUAUCUUCAUGGAGUGAAAUUAUUGCUUUUCGUAAAGCAUUGUUGAAUCCAGUUACUGCAAGACAGUUUCAACGUUUUGUGGCUCUAAAAGGAGAUUUAUUGGAAAACGGGGUACUCUUUUGGCAAGAAGUACAAAAAUAUAAGGACUUGUGCCAUUCCCAUUGUGAUGAGUCUGUCAUCCAGAAUAAGAUCACAACUAUCAUCAACUGCUUCAUUAAUUCUUAUAUUCCACCAGCUUUGCAAAUUGACAUUCCAGUAGAGCAAGCCCAAAAGAUCAUUGAACACAGGAAGGAGUUGGGACCAUAUGUAUUUAGGGAGGCACAGAUGACGAUUUUUGGGGUUCUGUUUAAAUUUUGGCGACAAUUCUGUGAGUUUAGGAAGAAUUUAACUGAUGAAAAAAUCAUGAGUGUGUUAGACAGAAGACAAGAAUAUAAUAAGAAAAUGAAAUUCUCAAUCACAGAUGAUGAAAAGUUGGGAAAGUUUGGAAUCAAACAACAUGGAAGUACAGGGUCUGCUGCCAAAAGCGCUUUAGUCAUUGAACCCCUCCAAGGCCUACAAGCAUAUGGCCGGCAGCCAACCUGGUGCUAUUCAAAGUAUUUAGAAGCCUUAGAACAGGAAAGAGUUCUUCUUAAAAUCCAAGAGGAACUGGAAAGAAAGAUGCUUACAGGUGCAUCAUCACUCACAAAUUUAUAUAAGAAUUCUGGUUCAGUCAUGUCUUUGAAGAAGAAUUGGUCUUCCAUCAGUAUCCUGAAGUGAUCGCAUUGAUGUCAGUGUUUGUAUUCUGCUGCUGACAGGUGCAAGGAAUUCUUUAUUUCAAAGUUAACUGACAUGAGAAGCUCAAGUGAUUUAUUUUUUAGAUGUUCUGCAAUAGAGCAAGGUUAACAUCUACAUAAGUUUAGGCUUGUUUUGCUUUAUAGUUUUAAAAUUACAGCUACUCUGUAUACAUGAAAUACAAGAAUAUGAAAGUUUCAAAAACCUUAGAAUAAAAUUACUACUAUCUAGAAGAAUCAAAAUGUUUUUCUUAUCACAAUCCUUAAGAGUAUGUAAUAUUUUGCUCCUCACUUAAUCUUUUAACAAAUAUUCCUUGAUUCCUUUAGUAUAUUUAGUUAGCAGAUACAUUCAGCAGGUGAUUGGAGAAUGUGAAUAUUCCUAGCAAUGAAUUGACCCAAAAUAUAAAUGAAAGAGUCUUCCCUACCCAUCUCCACUAUAAAGAAACUAUAAUUAAAGCAGUGGUUCUCACACUCUAGUGUGCAUAAUAUUGACAUGUGACUGGCUAGCAAUGCAGGUUCCUGAGGCCACUUCUGAGAGUCUGCUUCAGUAGUGCUUGGGCAGGACCCAGAAAUCUCAGUUUUUACCAGACAUCCCAGGUGAUUCUGAUGCAGGUAUUCCAGAAACCACUCUGAGAUACACUGAUAGGGCAGCAAGAAAAGUACUUCAAAAGGUAAAAUCUCUCUUAGUAACUGGAGCUGCAUUGCACAGAGAAUCCGGACAUACCCCUUCCUUUACUUGUUCCUGGAGGGAAAGGAUAGUGGAUAAAGAAAUGACUUUGGGAGGGUGGACUAUGGGCCUCAUGACUCAGUAUCUUCAAGGACUGUGACUAGAUUACCAGAUUGUGAACAGUUGCCUUCUAGUUCUACACAAUCUUGGAAGAUAUUUUAAAAGUUGAAAAUGCCAUUCCAAAUUCUGGAAGGUGUUGAAUAUUUUAAGUGGGGGGGAAAUAUCAGGAGACAUACUCUAAAGAUUAUCUUUCCUCUAAAGCAGGGUUUUGGGAACCCUGUAGUUUCCUGUCCUCCCACAGUACCCCUAAACCCUAUAAAGGCCAUUUUGUGACUGUUUUCCAUUCAUUGCUCUUUCUUCUUUUCUCAGUAUCUCUCUCUCUCUCUCUCUCUCUAUUUCUCUCUCUCUGUCUCUUUAUUUCUCUCUCCUUUUUCCAUUCUUAUCCUACCUUCUCUAGUGUUAAUCAAGUUUUGUUGUUGUUGUUUGUACUGGGGAUUGAACCCAGGGACACUUAACCUCUGAGCCACAUCCUCAACCCUUUUUAAGAAAUAUUUUAUUUAGAGACAGGGCCUCUCUAAAUUGCUGAGGCUGGCUUUGAACUUGCCAUCCUCCUGUCUCAGCCUCCCCAGACACUGGGAUUACAGGUGUGUACCACUGCACCUUACUAAUUGAGCAUUUUAUGUGCUCCAUUUUCUCUCUUCUCUUAGCAUAUCAAUUAGACUUCUUUUAAAAUUUUCCUUACUGGUUGUCCCAGAGUGUGCAGUACACAUUACACCUAAUAAAAGCCCUCUUUCAAAGAAUGUUAUAGCCCAAGCCUGGUGGCGCAUAUCUGUAAUUCCAGCAACUCAGGAGACUAACGCAAUAGGAUCCCAACUUCAAGUCCAGCCUGGGCAAUUUAGUGAUACCCUGUCUCUAAAUAAAACAUAAAAAGGGCAAAUUUUUUUUUAAAAAAAGGAAAUUUUGAAAGAAGCCAAGAAGAAAGGCGUAGAGCAGAGGAACAAAGAUAAGAAUUACAUUUGAAUUCUCUUCAGAAACCAUGUAGGCAGGGCUGGGAAGAUAGCUCAGUUGGUAGAGUGCUUGCCUUGCAAGCACAAGGCCCUGGGUUUGAUCCCCAGCACUGCAAAAAAAAGAAAAAAAAAAAAAAAAAAAAAAAAAACAACCCAUGUAGGCAAGAGAGUUUUUGCCAUUAAAGAGAAUUUCCUUAUAUUAGCGUGCAGGAAGGAUAAUCUGACUGUGGCUCCAUUGGCUGUUCUCAAUAUUUUAUCAAUUCUUCUCCCCCUCCCCUCUUUAUUAUUGGAUGAUUACCUUAUUCAGAUCCCCGUCACCUUAAAGCUGGUCACUAAUUAGUAUGUUCUCCUGCCUGGCCACCUUUACCCUUUCCUAAGUGUGAUCUUUCUAAAAUGCAAACAUGAUAUUCCACUGUCUGAAUCCUUCAUUGAGAUGAUUGGUAAACCUGUUAUUGACCAACUGGAAGUCCUUUACUUAGCGUGUUGUAUAUAUAAGACCCUCCUAUCUUCUUAUAUAAACAUUUAAAUCUGAUGUUUGUUCAUCUGGGAAGAGUGGAGUGAACCAUAUUACAUCUACUUGAAUAAUUUCUGCUUUUUAACAUGAUCACUGAAAGAGCAUAAUGCCUAAUGGAGAUGCACAGUUAAUGUUUGUUGAAUUAGUAAAAUUUAAAUUCCAUAUUCACAUUUAAUGUAGCAUAUAUAUAUACUGUAUUUUAGGUAAUCUUAAAGUGUCCUUAAAUCAGAAUUGGGUAUGUACAAAUAACUAAAUAAAUUCAUAUUGCGCUCUACUUUUAUAUUUGAUGCUUCUUCAUUUUAUGAGUUCUCUUAAAGACAGCUCAGUUUUAGAAGAGUCCUAGGUUUUAAAAACACAAAUUACUAGGCAUACUGUGUUAAGUUAUACCCUUUGAAACAAGGGGAAAUCAAGCUCAUACUUUGUUGGUUUACAUUGUUAUUUGGAUUGAAUAAAAUAUAUUUUGAAAUAAAUACAGCAGUGAAGUAAUACAAAAGUAAUGUAACUAGUAGGGUCAGUUUGAAUAUAAGCAAAUAUAGUAUUAAAGAUAUAAUGUAUUUUAUGUUCUAUUUCUUAAAUGUACAUCUUUAUCAUUUGUCAUCUAAUUGAAAAUUAUAGUAAUCUAUAAUUGCACUUUAUUAUUUUAAUUGCAUUUUCUAAUUUUAACUCAAAAUUACAGUGAAAUUUCUGCCUCAAAAAGUGUUUCAGUUGGCACACAUCCAGCGAUUCAGUAGAAUUUGAUUCUAGUUCUGGAUCUGUU